CCCCAGCGCCGGGUCUCCCGUGACACCCGAGACCCCCGGCCGACGACAAUGACCACUUCCCUGCAAGAUGGGCAGAGCGCCGCGGGUAGGGCGGCUGCCCGGGACUCGCCGCUGACCGCCCAGGUGUGCGGCGCUGCCCAGGGGAGGGGCGACGCCCGCGACCUGGCGCCUGCCCCCUGGUUGCAAGCGCGGGCGCUCCUGCCCCCUCCGGACGGGACCCGCGGCUGUGCUGCAGACAGGAGAAAAAAGAAAGAUCUUGAUGUUCUGGAAAUGCCAUCUAUUCCAAACCCUUUUCCUGAGCUAUGCUGUUCUCCAUUUACAUCUGUGUUGUCAGCAGGCCUGUUUCCCAAAGCAAAUUCAAGGAAAAAACAGGUAAUUAAAGUAUACAGUGAAGAUGAAACCAGCAGGGCUGUAGAGGUACCCAGUGACAUAACUGCCCGAGAUGUUUGCCAGCUGUUGAUCCUGAAGAAUCAUUACAUUGAUGACCACAGCUGGACCCUUUUUGAGCAUCUGCCUCACAUAGGUCUAGAAAGAACAAUAGAAGACCACGAGCUGGUGAUGGAAGUGCUAUCUAACUGGGGAAUGGAAGAAGAAAAUAAACUAUACUUUAGAAAAAAUUAUGCCAAAUAUGAAUUCUUUAAAAACCCAAUGUAUUUUUUUCCAGAGCAUAUGGUGUCUUUUGCAACUGAAACCAAUGGUGAAAUAUCCCCCACACAGAUUUUGCAGAUGUUUCUGAGUUCAAGCACAUAUCCUGAAAUCCAUGGCUUCUUACAUGCAAAAGAACAGGGAAAGAAGUCCUGGAAAAAGAUUUACUUCCUUCUAAGAAGAUCUGGUUUAUAUUUUUCUACAAAAGGGACAUCAAAGGAACCACGGCAUUUGCAGUUUUUCAGCGAAUUUGGCAAUAGUGAUAUUUAUGUGUCACUGGCCGGCAAAAAAAAACACGGAGCACCGACUAACUAUGGAUUCUGCUUUAAGCCUAACAAAGCGGGAGGGCCCCGAGACCUGAAAAUGCUCUGUGCAGAAGAAGAGCAGAGUAGGACGUGCUGGGUGACCGCGAUUAGAUUGCUUAAGUAUGGCAUGCAGCUGUACCAGAAUUACAUGCAUCCAUAUCAAGGUAGAAGUGGCUGCAGUUCUCAGAGUAUAUCACCCAUGAGAAGUAUAUCAGAGAAUUCUCUAGUAGCAAUGGACUUCUCAGGCCAGAAAAGCAGAGUUAUAGAAAAUCCCACGGAAGCCCUUUCAGUUGCUGUUGAAGAAGGACUCGCUUGGAGGAAAAAAGGAUGCUUACGCCUGGCCACUCAUGGUAGCCCUACUGCCUCUUCCCAGAGCUCUGCCACAAACAUGGCCAUCCACCGGUCGCAGCCGUGGUUUCACCACAAAAUUUCUAGAGAUGAAGCACAGCGAUUGAUUAUUCAGCAAGGACUUGUGGAUGGAGUUUUCUUGGUACGGGAUAGUCAGAGUAACCCCAAAACUUUCGUACUGUCAAUGAGUCAUGGACAGAAAAUAAAGCAUUUUCAAAUUAUACCAGUGGAAGACGAUGGUGAAUUGUUCCACACUCUGGAUGAUGGCCACACGAGAUUUACAGACCUAAUCCAGCUGGUGGAGUUCUAUCAACUCAAUAAGGGCGUUCUUCCUUGCAAGUUGAAACAUUAUUGUGCUAGGAUUGCUCUUUAGCCAAACCAGAAGUGACUUGUUAAACUGUUGAAGAAAAAGGACUCACGACACAAAAAAAUAAAAAUAAAAGAGAAAGAAAGAAAGAAAGAAAGAAAGAAAGAAA